GCGCCCCCUGCCGGUGCGCGAGUCUUCACCGGAGAGCCAAGAUGGAGGGUCUCCGCUGCCCGAGUAAAGGCACGCACCUACGGGUCGCUUUUCGAUGAAAAGAGCGAGGACUCCUCCCUCUCCCACCCGCCUCUUCGAGCAGGAAUACCGGCGCUGGAGCUUUCUGCAGACCGUCGCGAACCGAUGCAGCCAUGAGCUCGGGGGACGGAGACGACACGUCUAAGGACGGGGCAGACAUAGCGGCGUUUUUCAAAUCCGACUGCUCUCUUCCGAAGUGUGAACCCAAGCAUGAUUUAGCUGGACACACAGGGUUCAACCGAAAUGAAGAGAUGAAGGCCAUCGAGGUUCUGCCCAUUCUGAAAGAGAAAGUGGCUUUCUUAUCAGGGGGCAGAGACAGACGUGGUGGGCCGGUCCUCACCUUCCCUGCCCGCAGCAACCACGACAGAAUACGACAGGAGGACCUCCGCCGCCUCAUCGCCUACCUCGCAGGCAUACCCAGCGAGGAGGUCAGCAGACAUGGCUUCACGGUCAUCGUGGACAUGCGCGGCUCCAAAUGGGACUCCAUCAAACCGCUUCUGAAAAUCCUGCAGGAGUCCUUCCCUUCCUGCAUCCACGUCGCGCUGAUCAUCAAACCUGACAACUUCUGGCAGAAGCAGAGGACCAACUUUGGCAGCUCCAAAUUCGAAUUUGAGACCAUCAUGGUGUCCUUGGAUGGUCUGUCAAAAAUGGUGGACCCCUCUCAGCUGACGGCCGACUUCGAUGGCAGCCUGGACUACAACCAUGAGGAGUGGAUUGAGGUGCGCGUGGCCUUCGAGGAGUUCACGGGCAACGCUGCACGGGUGCUCUCCCGCCUGGAGGAGCUGCAGGACCUGGUGUCUCAGCGAGAGCUUCCUGCUGAUCUGGACGGAGCGCGGCGCAGCAUGGAGGAGCACGCCUCUCUGAAGAAGCGCGUCACCAAAGCUCCGGUGGAGGAGCUGGAUGCCGAGGGCCAGCGACUGCUGCAGCGCAUCCAGUGCGGAGACCGGGGACGUGGAGACGUACAGGGACUGUCUCCCAAAGUCUCUGCACUGCUGGACAAACUCCACGCCACCCGCCAGCACCUGCACCAGUCCUGGCACAUGCGCAAACUCAAGCUGGACCAGUGCUUCCAGCUCCGGCUCUUCGAGCAAGAUGCCGAAAAGAUGUUUGACUGGAUUGUGCACAACAAGGGCCUGUUCCUGACCAGCUACACAGAGAUUGGAGCCAACCACCAGCACGUGCUGGAGCUGCAGACCCAGCACAAUCACUUCGCAAUGAACUGCAUGAACGUGUACGUAAACAUCAGUCGGAUCAUGACGGUGGGGAACCGCUUGCUGGAGGGAGGUCACUACGCAGCGAUGCAGAUCCAGCAGGUGUCCGGGCAGCUGGAGCAGGAGUGGAAGGCGUUUGCAGCUGCGCUGGAUGAGAGGAGCACUAUGCUGGAGAUGUCUGCCAACUUCCAUCAGAAAAUGGACCAGUAUCUGAGUAACGUGGAGCCAUGGUGUAAGGCCUGUGGAGAGGGAGAACUGCCCUCUGAGCUACAGGACCUGGAGGACACCAUCCACCACCACCAGGGCCUGUACGAGCACAUCACAGCCGCCUACUCUGAGGUGAGUCAAGAUGGGAAGUCCCUGCUAGACAAACUCCAGCGCCCUUUGACCCCAGGCAGCGCAGACUCACUGACCUCCUCAGCCAACUACUCCAAGGCAGUCAACCACGUGCUGGACAUCAUCCACGAGGUCCUGCACCACCAGCGGCAGCUGGAGAACAUCUGGCAGCACCGCAAGCUCCGCCUCCACCAGCGCCUGCAGCUCUGUGUUUUUCAGCAGGAUGUGCAGCAGGUUCUGGACUGGAUUGAGAACCACGGUGAGGCGUUCCUCAGUAAACACACUGGUGUGGGGAAAUCACUGCACAGAGCCAGAGCCCUGCAGAAGCGCCAUGAAGACUUUGAGGAGGUGGCACAGAACACGUACACUAAUGCUGAUAAGCUGCUGGAGGCUGCAGAACAGUUGGCUCAGACUGGCGAGUGUGACCCGGAGGAGAUCUACCAGGCCGCCCACCAGCUGGAGGACCGCAUCCAGGACUUUGUGAGACGAGUGGAACAGCGCAAAGUUCUGCUGGACAUGUCUGUGGCCUUCCACACCCACGGCAAGGAGCUGUGGACGUGGCUGGAGGAGCUGCAGAAGGAACUGCUGGAUGAUGUGUACGCUGAGUCUGUGGAAGCAGUGCAGGACCUGAUUAAACGCUUCGGCCAGCAGCAGCAGACCACCCUGCAGGUCACUGUCAAUGUCAUCAAGGAAGGAGAGGACCUCAUCCAGCAGCUCAGAGACUCGGCCAUCUCCAGUAAUAAGACUCCACACAACAGCUCCAUGGCCCACAUCGAGAGCGUCCUGCAGCAGCUGGACGAGGCGCAGGCCCGCAUGGAGGAGCUCUUCCAGGAGAGGAAGAUCAAACUGGAGCUCUUUCUGCAGCUGCGUAUCUUUGAGAGGGACGCCAUCGACGUCAUCUCCGACUUGGAGUCAUGGAAUGAGGAGUUGUCUCAGCAGAUGGGGGAGUUUGACACUGAGGAUUUGAAUCUGGCGGAGCAGCGUCUGCAGCAUCAUGCAGAUAAAGCUCUCACCAUGAACAACCUCACCUUCCACGUCAUCCACCAGGGUCAGGAGCUCCUGCAGUACGUUACUGAAGUGCAGGCUUCAGGUGUAGAGCUGCUGUGUGAUCGAGAUGUGGACAUGGCCACUCGCGUGCAGGACCUGCUGGACUUCCUGCACGAGAAGCAGCAGGAGCUGGAUGCGGCCGCCGAGAAACACCGCCGUCACCUGGAGCAGUGUGUGCAGCUGCGCCACCUACAGGCUGAAGUUAAACAGGUGCUGGGAUGGAUUAGAAACGGAGAGUCCAUGCUGAAUGCUGGUCUGAUCACGGCCAGUUCACUGCAGGAGGCUGAACAGCUUCAGAGAGAGCACGAGCAGUUCCAGCAUGCCAUUGAGAAGACUCAUCAGAGUGCUCUGCAAGUGCAGCAGAAAGCCGAGGCUCUGCUGCAGGCCAACCAUUACGACAUGGAUAUGAUCCGGGACUGUGCAGAGAAGGUGGCGUCUCACUGGCAGCAGCUCAUGCUGAAGAUGGAGGACAGGCUCAAGCUGGUCAAUGCCUCAGUGGCCUUCUACAAGACCUCAGAACAGGUGUGCAGUGUGUUGGAGAGUUUGGAGCAGGAGUAUAAGAGAGAAGAGGACUGGUGUGGAGGCACCGAUAAACUCGGACCCAACUCAGAGACUGACCACGUCACUCCAAUGGUCAGCAAACACCUGGAACAGAAGGAGGCCUUUCUGAAGGCGUGCACUUUAGCCCGCCGCAAUGCUGACGUCUUCCUGAAGUACCUGCACAGGAACAGUGUGAACAUGCCAGGCAUGCUGGCCCAGAUCAAAGCUCCUGAACAGCAAGUCAAGAAUAUCCUGAACGAGCUGCUGCAGAGGGAGAACAGAGUCCUGCAUUUCUGGACCCUGAGGAAGAGGAGGCUGGACCAGUGCCAGCAGUAUGUUGUGUUUGAACGCAGCGCUAAACAGGCUCUGGAGUGGAUCCACGACACUGGAGAGUUUUACCUGUCUACACACACCUCCACUGGCUCCAGUAUCCACCACACACAGGAACUGCUGAAAGAGCACGAGGAGUUCCAGAUCACAGCCAAGCAAACCAAAGAGCGGGUGAAGCUGCUGAUCCAGUUGGCGGAUGGUUUUUGCGAGAAGGGCCACGCCCAUGCCUGCGAGAUCAAGAAAUGGGUCGCCUCGGUGGACAAGCGGUACCGGGACUUUUCACUCCGCAUGGACAAAUACCGCUCCUGCCUGGAGAAAGCACUGGGCAUAUCGUCCGAUACCAACAAGGUGAGCAAAGAUCUGCAGCUGGACAUCAUCCCGGCCAGCGCCCCCGGCGCAGAGGUCAAACUCCGAGACGCCAACCAUGAGCUCAAUGAAGAGAAACGCAAGUCAGCCCGCAGAAAAGAGUUCAUAAUGGCUGAGCUGAUUCAGACUGAAAAGGCCUAUGUGAGAGACCUGCGCGAGUGUAUGGAUACAUACCUCUGGGAGAUGACCAGUGGAGUAGAGGAGAUCCCUCCUGGAAUCGUUAACAAGGAGCACAUCAUCUUCGGAAACAUGCAGGACCUUUACGAAUUCCACCACAACAUUUUCCUGAAAGAGCUGGAGAAGUAUGAACAGCUGCCUGAAGAUGUUGGUCAUUGCUUUGUUACGUGGGCGGAUAAGUUCCAGAUGUAUGUGAACUAUUGCAAGAACAAGCCAGACUCUACUCAGCUCAUUCUGGAUCAUGCUGGGCCCUACUUUGACGAGAUCCAGCAGAGACACAGGCUGGCCAACUCCAUCUCCUCCUAUCUCAUUAAACCUGUACAGAGAAUCACCAAAUACCAGCUGCUCCUUAAGGAGUUGUUGACGUGUUGUGAGGAGGGUAAAGGUGAGAUUAAAGAUGGUCUGGAGGUCAUGCUCAGCGUACCCAAGAAAGCCAACGAUGCAAUGCACCUCAGCAUGCUGGAUGGUUUUGAUGAGAACAUAGAGUCUCAGGGUGAGCUGAUCCUGCAGGAGACGUUUCAGGUGUGGGACCCUAAGACCCUCAUCCGUAAGGGCAGGGACCGCCACCUCUUCCUCUUUGAAAUGUCACUCAUCUUCAGCAAAGACGUCAAGGACUCCAACGGACGGAGCAAGUACCUCUACAAAAGCAAGCUGAUGACCUCUCAGCUGGGAGUUACAGAGCAUGUGGAAGGAGAUCCCUGUAAAUUUGCGCUCUGGGUUGGACGCACGCCUACCUCAGACAACAAGAUCGUGCUGAAGGCCUCCAGUUUAGAGAACAAACAGGAAUGGAUAAAGAAUGUGCGCGAGGUGAUCCAGGAGCGCACCAUUCACCUGCGGGGGGCGCUGAAGGAGCCCAUCCACAUCCCCAAAGCCACCAGCAGCAAACUGAAGGGCAGGAGGGAUGGAGAGGACCUGGAUAGCCAAGGUGACGCAAGCAGCCAGCCUGACACGAUCUCCAUCGCCUCCCGCACCUCCCAGAACACCCUGGAUAGUGACAAGCUGUCUGGUGGUUGUGAGCUGACUGUAGUCAUCCAUGACUUCAUGGCCAGUAAUGGCUCGGAGUUGACGGUGAGGCGGGGUCAGACUGUGGAGCUGCUGGAGAGACCCCACGACAGGCCUGAGUGGUGCCUGGUGCGUACCACUGACCGCUCACCUGCCCAGGAAGGUCUGGUGCCCAGUGCCAUGCUGUGUAUCGCCCACUCCCGCAGCAGCAUGGAGAUGGAGGGGAUCUUCAAUCACAAAGAUUCUCUCUCAGUGUCCAGUAAUGAUGGUGGACUGUCAGGCAGUGCCACUCUUCAGCCCGGGCAUCUGCAGGGUUCUCCAGGGGCCAAGCGGCCGGGCAACACGCUGCGCAAAUGGCUGACCAGCCCGGUGAGGAGGCUCAGCAGUGGCAAGGCAGACGGCCAUGUGAAGAAGCUGGCUCACAAGCACAAGAAGAGCCGAGACAUGCGCAAGAACGCAGACGGAGCCUCGCAGAAAGACUCGGACGACAACGCGGCCACGCCCCAGGACGAGACCUUGGAGGAGAGGAUGAGAAAUGAGGGACUGAGCAGUGGAACGCUCUCGAAGUCGUCCUCCUCAGGCAUGCAGAGCUGUGGGGAGGAGGAGGGAGAGGAGUGUGCCGACACCGUCCCCCUGCCGCCCCCCAUGGCCAUCCAGCAGCACAGUCUUCUCCACCAGGACUCCCAGGAGGACAAGGGUUCCUCCCGUCUCUCAGGACGUCCAAGCAGUUCUGAGACCCCCAGUGCAGCAGAGUUGGUCAGUGCCAUUGAGGAACUGGUCAAGAGCAAGAUGAGUCUGGAGGACCGGCCCAGUUCUCUCUCGGUUGAUCAGGCAGACAGCAGUAGCCCCUCCUGUAAUCCCUCAGAUAACUCCCUCCUCUCCUCCUCUUCACCCGUGGAUGAGAUGGAGGAGCGCAGAACAGGCUUCCUCAAGAAACGCCACUAUGUGCUUCUGGAGUUGGUGGAGACGGAGAGAGACUACGUUAGAGACCUGGGUUCAGUAGUGGAGGGCUAUAUGAGCCGGAUGAAGGAGGAGGGGGUUCCAGACGAUAUGAAGGGCAAAGACAAGAUAGUGUUCGGAAACAUCCACCAGAUCUUCGAAUGGCACAAAGAUUUCUUCCUGAGUGAACUGGAGAAGUGUUUAGAAGACCCUGAUAGACUGGCACCACUGUUCAUCAAACAAGAACGGCGAUUACACAUGUACAUUGUGUACUGCCAAAACAAGCCCAAAUCUGAACACAUUGUUUCUGAGUACAUAGACACUUAUUUUGAGGAUUUGAAGCAGCGUUUGGGUCACAGGCUGCAGAUCACAGACCUCCUCAUCAAGCCAGUUCAGAGGAUAAUGAAGUACCAGCUACUGCUGAAGGACUUUCUGAAGUUUUCCAAAAAGGCUGGAGUUGACACAACAGAGCUAGAGAAAGCUGUGGAGGUCAUGUGUGUCGUUCCUAAGCGGUGCAAUGACAUGAUGAACGUGGGCCGUCUUCAGGGCUUUGAUGGGAAAAUCGUGGCUCAGGGCAGACUCAUCCUCCAGGACACCUUCAUGGUAUCGGAUCAGGACGGCGGGCUGCUGUCCCGCAUGAAGGAGCGACGCGUCUUCCUCUUUGAGCAGAUAGUUAUCUUCAGUGAGCCUCUGGACAAGAAGAAAGGCUUCUCCAUGCCAGGCUACCUGUUUAAAAACAGCAUUAAGGUCAGCUGGUUGGGACUGGAGGAGAGUUCAGAUGGUGACCCCUGUAAGUUCACUCUGACCUCGAGGUCAUCCACAGGGGGCAGUGAGCGCUACAUCCUCCACUCUUCCAGUCUAGCGCUCUGCCAGACCUGGGUCCACCAGAUCAGCAGCAUCCUCGAGAACCAGAGGAACUUCCUCAACGCACUAACGUCUCCCAUCGAGUACCAGCGGAACCACGUGGGGGCGAGUGGUUCGGGCGGCCCCGGCAGCAGUGGUCUCCCCGGGGGCAGCAGCAGCAGCAGCUCCAGCUCGUCUUCACGCUCUCGCAGUUCCAGAAUCCCGCAGCCUUCCUCCCGCCUCCCCCAGCCAGUGCAGCACCAUCACCCCCACAGCUCGGACAGCCGCACCUCAGGUACGUGCUCCGUGGCCGAGGGCCAGGUCCAGCCUGGGUCUUCCAUCCCCAGAGCAGCGGUGGCCCCUAUGCCCCCGGUGCCCUCCAUGCCCCUGGCCAUUCCCAGGCCUCGAGCGGGCCUCCCUUCACCCCUGCUUUCCCCUUUAAGCCCCCCGAGCUCUACACCCUUCACCCCAGGCAGCCCUGCAACGAAAGCUUCCGCCCCCUUCUGGGCUUCUGCGACUGUCUCACCCCCUGGCCGCCCCCCUGGGACCUACGCGGACCGGGACGACCCCCUGCCCGUCCGCAGCUCCAGCCAGAGGCGCAGGCUCUCGAGUCACAGCAAGGAGGCAGACCGCAUCAGCACCUGCUCCUCCACCAGCGAACAGUCCCUGCACUCCACACACAGCAACGGGAGUGAAAGCAGCAGCAGUAGCAGUGUAUCCACCAUGCUGGUGACCCAGGACUACGUGGCUGUGAAAGAGGAUGAGAUCAGUGUGUAUCAGGGCGAAGUGGUGCAGAUUUUGGCCUCCAACCAGCAGAACAUGUUCCUGGUGUUCCGGGCAGGUACUGAGCAGGGCCCCGCCGCUGAGGGCUGGAUCCCCGGAUUCGUGCUGGGACACACCUCCGCCAGCGCCCCCGACUACUCCGAAUCAACCCUCAAGAAGUCGUCCUCAUGGCACACGGCUCUCCGCAUCCGCCGCAAGUCUGAAAAGAGAGAGAAAGACGGCAGGAAAGAUUCCAGGCAGGAGAACGGACUCCGCAGGUCCAGAGAAAUUCCAGCCAAUAAGGUUUCUGUAAAGCUUCUAAAUCCAAACUACAUCUAUGAUGUUGCCCCAGAGUUCCUGGUGCCCCUGUGCGACACGGUGUGUGAGAGUGGUGAGGGCGUGACCCUCCGCUGCAAAAUCUGCAGUCAGCCCAAAGCCUCGGUCACCUGGAGAGGACCAGACCAGGCCAGUCUCACUGACGAAGGACGGUACACUCUCUCUCACAGUGAUACAGGUGAGGUGACCCUGUGCAUUUCAGCCGUGACUGUAGAAGACAGCGGCACCUACACCUGCAUUGCCACCAACGACGCGGGCACGGUCACAUCCUCCGCCUGCCUCCAAGUGCAAGGAACCUGCAGUGAUGGCAUCUUGUGGAAGGAGAACUUUGAGUCUCUUUACUCAGAAGUGAUGGAACUCGGGAGAGGCAGGUUUGCUGUGGCCAAGUGGUGCGAGCAGCGGGGGACCAGGCGCUCGGUGGCGGCUAAGCUGGUCAAUAAGAAGCUGAUGCGCCGCGAGCAGGUGGUCCGAGAGCUGAACGUUCUGCAGUGCCUGCAGCACCCGCACCUGGUGGGCCUGCUGGACACCUUCGAAACCCCCAGCAGCUACAUCCUUGUGCUGGAGAUGGCCGAUCAGGGCCGUCUCCUGGACUACAUUGUGAGCUGGGGGAAUCUGACUGAAGAGAAGGUGGCUCUCUAUCUGAGGGAUAUCUUAGAAGCUUUACACUACCUGCACACCUGCAGAAUAGCUCACCUGGACCUGAAGCCUGAAAAUGUGGUGGUGGAGCAGACCUCCACCCAGCCUGUCGUCAAGCUCACUGACUUCGGUGAUGCGGCUCAUCUCUCCGGCUCCCCUUACGUCCAUCGUCUGGUGGGCAGUCCGGAGUUCUCUGCUCCGGAGCUGGUUCUGGGUGAGCCGGCCUCGCUGGCCUCGGACCUGUGGAGCCUGGGCGUGUUGGCGUACGUCAUGCUGAGUGGAGCCUCGCCGUUCCUGGACGAGAGCGCCGAGGAGACGUGCCUCAACAUCUGCCGGCUGGACUUCAGUUUCCCUGAGGACUACUUCCGCAAUGUAAGCGUGGCGGCGCGCGACUUCGUGCGCUCGCUGCUGAGGGCCGAGGCGUCCAGGCGGCCGUCCGCCCAGGCCUGCCUGCAGGGGGAGCCGUGGCUGCGUCCGCUCGCCGCCUCCGGAGACGUCCGCCUGGACACGGCACGCCUCGUGUCCUUUAUCGAGAGGCGGAAACACCAGAACGACCUGCGGCCCAUGGACAGCCUGGGGGUCUUUGUUAGAAGCCGGCUCCUCGGGAAGGCCUGAAGAAUGAGGACGAAAAAGAUCUUAAAAUGAUUAAAGAGAACAGGGCAUGCCAGGGUAAUCGGAGCUAGCUACACGGAGGUCAUCAACCUCAGCCUGACGGUCCAUUGAAUGGAUCCUGGAGGAAAAUGUCCACAGCUGGAAACACAGCUGGAAUCUAAUCCUCUUCCUACAGCCAUCUUUCGUAGUAAAGUGGUACUGGGUUUAUAUACUGCUGCUGCUGCUGCUGCUGCUGCUGAUAAAAAAAACUCAUAACAACCCUCAUCCCCAACCAAAUCAUACCCUUCUUAAUGGAAAAAAAAAAUAAAACAAACAACAAAAUCAUGAAAAAUUGAAUUGCAUCAGCCUCAUGAUCAUAUCCUCUUUGUAUGAAACAUGCACACAAGCACAAAAUAAAAAAAAAAUGACUUUUUUUGAGAGUUUUCUUCUAUGAGCCAGAAAGGGCAAGCCUUUUGUCUUGACAGUAUUUGAAUCAGGUUGUUGCAGUACUGUAUAGCUGUAUUCAGGAACGAUUGCAUUUUGUACAAAAAAAAACAUGUAUAGAAGCACAGCGAAAAGGAAAUAUCUUUAACUUUGGAGUUUUUGGAGGAAAAACAAUAUUUAAGGGUAGAGAAAAAAAAAAAAACGAUGUGUUAAAGGUUAUGUGUUGACUUUAGGUCCAUUCAUCUCAUCUGAAUGAAUCAUCAUAGCUGUAAAUUUCUUUGUUUUUUUUUUGUUUUGUUUUUUUUGUGAGAUUGCUCUAUGGGAUUUUAAACAGAGUAAAAAAAAACAAAAAACUGAGUUGUCUGAAUCCCAGAAGCUUUAGAUCCUCUUUGAUUAGAGGGGAAAAAAAGCUAUUUGAAAGGAAGCUCUUCGUUUAGUUCUGUUCUUAUCUGUCGGCCUUACAUUGUAAAUAAACUCCACCCGCCUUUGUUGAUGUCCAACCGCAGAGAACUCAGCGCUCCGGAUGUGAUCAGAGCGCAGGUUUACCGUGAUUUUGUUGGACUCUUUCUAUGUGCAAUGUUGGGGCUUUUUAUGCGGCUGUUUAUGAUAACCUGCUGAUGUCCCGUAUGCGUUUCUGGCCACUCCUCCUCCUGCUAAUUCCCCCGUGUUCAGUAUUAUUUUGUGGAAAGCCUAAGCUCAGUGGGUGAAAAUCGUUUGUAUCUCUGUCGCGCUCCUUUCUUUUUUCGCUGAAUGUUCUGAUUUUUUCCGUUAUAAUACCAAAGUUAACCUGUAUGUACCUAAACGUGGUUUCUUCCUCUUCAGUGGUUAUGAUUCAACGACGAUGAGUUCUGAACGAGUGGGCGUUUACAUUUCUUGAUCUUCACUUUAUUUAUUGUAUCUGGUGUUAUUUUCGUGUGUGUCGAUAAUUGAAGUAGUGCUACGUCUUGAACUAGUUCCGAUCCUUAUUUUAAUAUCCGAUCACGAUAGAAGACGUAAAAAAUGUGCAUUUGCAUGAACAAUGUCUGUAGGUGACUCUCACUGCUACAAAGUUGGUUUACUUGAAUUAGCGAGGCGCAGAAGCGGCGAGGCCGUUUUCUAGUUCUGUUCCUUCAUUUCACGUCGGUUUCUUUGCGCUUCGACAGUGUUUAAGAUGUAAGAGCAGGAUUUUAACGUACAUGUUGUUAACUCUGGAUCGGUAUAAUAGUCACUAUUGUUUUUGUUCUAAUUUAUUUCCUCAUCAUGUAUAGCUGUACAGACUCAGAUGACUACAGAAACCUGGACGUAGCCACAUCAUAUUUUAUACAUGCAGUUAAAAUGUCAUUUUGAAUGUUUCUGACUCGACUUUGCAUUUUGAGUGUAUAUUUCUUUGUACAGAAACCAUACAUGUCUGCACAUUGUGUGCUGUACAUAUUUUAUUUUGCUCCCCCUCCGUUAUUUUUGAGAUUAAACAUAUAAAACAUUUUAUUGUUA